GGAACUAUGCCUCCGAAAGUGACUUCUAGUGUUUGGAAGUAUUUCACUAAAACUGAGGAUGGUAAAAGUGUUGUGUGUAACUUGUGUAGUGUGAAACUUGUGUAUUGUGGUGGGACCUCAAAUCUAAGGAAUCACAUGAAGAAGCAUCCUGUGUGCAGUCCGCCAUCAACUCCGUCUAAGACCCCCCUGAAGCAGACGACACUUGACGUCACCGUUUCUUGUGCGGUGACGGACUGGGUCGUACGUGACUGCCUUCCACUCAGCGUCGUCGACGGCCAGGGGUUCCGUGAUAUGAUGGCCUUGGCGGCACCGUCUUAUACAGUACCUACCCGGCCGACAGUUCGUGCGAGGGUUGAGAAGAGGUACGCCGACGAACGCUCCAACCUCAUCUCCCGGCUCGAGAAGGCGACGUCUGUCUCCCUCACGACAAUCACGUGGACGUCCAACUCUACCGAGAGUUUUAUCACCGUGACAGCCCACUACCUUGACGCCGAAUGGAUCCUCCAUUCGGACGUCUUGAUGACCAGAGCAAUGCCAGAGCGUCACCCAGCCGAGAACAUCGCGUCCCGCCUACAAGAAUGCGUAAGGGGGUUCGGUCUCACGGGCAAGGUUGAAUGCUGCGUCCAUGACAACGCCUGCAACAUACAGAAGACCAGCACACUCUGUCCAGAGUGGGGAGACCACUCCUGCUUCGCCCAUACCCUCCAGCUCUGCAUCAAGCCAGUCCUCGAACUUCCUUCUGUCUCCAAGGUCCUGGGCAAGUGUCGAAAGCUGGUAGGGCAUUUCAAGCACUCAACGACAGUCACCGCUGAGCUACACCGUCGCCAGGAGCGGAUGCAGAAGGAGGGCGAGAAGCAACCGACACUGGCCCUCAUCCAGGACGUCCCCAAGAGGUGGAAUUCCACGCAGCUGAUGUGUAACCGCCUCGACAAGCUACGCCGGUCACUGACAUCAUGCUUGACGAUGACGUCACGAAGAAGGCCGACCGCGAUCUCCUUCUGAGAGACGGCGAGUGGGGUAUCGUUGCCGACAUAUGCACAGUCCUUGGGCCGUUCACCCACGUGACCACCUUCAUGAGUAAGGACAAGGACGUA